AUGUCGUCUGGACAAAGAGAAAAUGUAUUUCCUACUAGAAUGACACUUACGGCGAUGAAAACCCGUCUUAAGGGAGCUCAAACAGGUCAUUCUUUACUAAAAAGAAAGUCUGAGGCUUUAAAAAAGCGAUUUCGCGAGAUCGUUAUGCAUAUAGAUCAGGCGAAACAUAAAAUGGGUCGUGUCAUGCAGAUAGCUGCUUUCUCAAUGGCAGAAGUAGGUUUUGCGAUGGGAAAUAACAUCAAUUUUGAAGUGCAGCAAUCCGUGAAGCAAGCGAGACUUAAAGUUCACUCAAAGCAAGAAAACAUUAGCGGAGUUUUUCUUCCAGCAUUUGAAACAAAUCUUAAUGAGAAUAUCGAUGACUUUCAAUUGACUGGUUUGGGUAGAGGAGGACAACAAAUUCAAAAAGCUCGACAAGUGUACGGAAAAGCCGUGGAUACUCUCGUUCAAUUAGCUUCCUAUCAAUCUGCAUUCAUUCUGUUGGGUGACGUUCUACAAACAACGAAUCGACGUGUAAACUCAAUUGAACAUAUCAUCAUUCCAAGACUUGAGAAUACCAUCAAGUAUAUUGAAUCUGAGUUGGAAGAGCUUGAGCGUGAAGACUUUACUCGAUUGAAGAAAGUCCAAAAGAUUAAAGAAGAGAGAGAAGAGAAUGAGGCCGUCGCAGAUACUAAAGAGGCCGGUGCUAACGUAGUUCAGGCUACUUCAGAUGGUGAAAAAGUAAAGCCUCCUUCUACUGAAGUUGGGAAGCAGUUUGUUUCAGAAACAGAGCAAAAUACUGAGAAGGAAGAUACUUACUCACUUCCAUCAACCUCUACUAACGUUUCUGAUGAUGAUAAGGCUGAUUCUGAUGAAGACGUUAUCUUCUAG